CCUCAGUGUUUACUUCCUGUGUGGAAGGUCAACUUUGUGCCGAUGUUUUUCUGGGUAAUGGAGCAGUUUUCUGUCUUCAAAACAAUUUCAUGUAAUUAAGUGCCUAAUUAAGUGAAUCAUAGGUGUCAAAUAUGUCUUCUGAUAAAAUAAUCGGACCUGUCUUGCCGUCGGUGUUGAGGAAGGAACACGAUAAAGAGUCUGAUGAUGAAAAAGGAUUCGCUGGACCCGCUUUGCCUCCCGGUUAUAAAAGGGCAGAACGGUCGAGCUCUUCGGACGAGAGUGAGGAGGAGGUGGCGGUCAAAAGAGCUAAGAUAAGACAGACAGCUGGAAACAGGCACCCAGAGGAAAUACAAGAUGAUGGUGAUGGAGAUGAUGGUUUCUUUGGACCAGCUCUUCCACCAGGAUUCAAAAAACAACAAAGUUCCCCAGAAAGGCCGCCUGUGCUGGGUCCAGCCCUUCCCCCUGGUUUUCGCAAAGCAGCAUACAGUAACGAUGAUGACAACAGUGACGGUGAAGAUGGAGAAGGUAUCCCAGGGCCUGCGCUACCUCCGGGCUAUCAGGCUGAGCCCUCAAGCAGCGAGGGAGAGGAUGAGUAUGUGAUUGGACCUUUGCCGGCUAAGGGACCUGUUGAAGACUCUGUGGCUCUGGACUUUGAGCGCAGAGCAAAGAGAAUGAAAGAAAAGCUAACAGGAGAAAAAAUGCCAGAGGUGGUGACCAGAGAAACGUGGAUGACGGAGCUCCCACCAGAACUGCAGCACAUUGGUUUGGGGGCUCGAACUUUCAAAAAAAGGUCUGGCCCAGAGAACAAAGAUCGCUCCAUUUGGACAGAUACUCCAGCAGACAGAGAGCGCAAGGCCAGGGAACGCCUUGAGGGAAAAAGAAAAAGUGAGGAGGAGAAAGACAGUGUCCCACAGCUCUCCCAAAAGGACUUGGAGAUGGCAGAGAAAGUGUCUAAGUAUAAUGAAUCUAAACGUGCUGAGUCUCUAAUGAGUUUGCACACAAAGAAGAUAAAGGAGAAAGCAAAGGAGACGACUGAAAAACCAGCAGAGAGGAGACCAUUCGACCGGGACGCAGAUCUGCAGGUGAACCGCUUUGACGAUGCACAGAAACAGAGGCUGCUGAAGAAAUCUCAGGAACUGAACACCCGCUUUUCCCAUAGCAAGGACAAAAUGUUCCUGUAACAAAUUCUCAGGAUGUAAAAAUGAAAACUUAUUCUAAGGCACCCGUCUGUAAUAAUAAAAUCAAGGCUGCUUUUACAGAGUUUGUAAAGUAUGAACUGCGUAUUUACAGAUACUUGUGUUAAACACUUGGAGAUUAAAAGGAUUUUUUGUGGAGGAAUCUGUGUCAGCUACAAGGAAGAUAUAGGCAAGGUGUGUAUUUUUUUCUUUUUUGUGUAUUUUUCUCUUUAUAAUUUACUUGCUUGUAGACGAAUCAUUGUGAUUCAAGCUAUAUUAAAUUAGAUGCCUGUGGAGCAUUUUUUUUUCCAGAAUUAGAACUAAUGAUACAAAGGCAAAAGAAAUCCUGCAUUCAUACAAACCUGGGAAUAUUCUCUGUUUGAUGUUCAUAUAAAAUAUAAAAGUUGUAAAAUUUCCCUGUUCUUUGGCCAAUCAAUGAUAUGAUACCUCGUUUAAAUGUCUGAUUGUUUUCUAAAUAUAUGUAGGAAGCCUUUUUUACCAAUAAGUUGGGUAUUGUAUUAACACUGCAUAUAUUCAGUAUAGUUUUUUUUGUUUGUUUGUCCCAAUUUUUCAAUAAACUGUUACUUGAU